AUACAAUAUGCAUUAUGCAUAUUUUCUCUAUCUAUUAACUAUGGAAAUCAUAUCAUAUCUAGUAAAAGAAAAAAAUAAAAGAAGAUUUUCACGAGACUUUCAGUUACCAAACAAGUCGAAGUUAUUCCAUAUGCUUGCCUGAAGAAUUUAGUAUACAUUUCAAUAAUAUUUUUGGUUAUCGAGCAACACUAAAUUCCAAGGUUUUUCAAUUAGGCAGUUCCCUUUUUUGAUUUCGAAAAGCAGUAAAAGAGUUAUUGAAUUGCAGUAUUUGCAAGGUGCAUGCAUAUAUACUUGUUUUUCAAUUAGGUAUAUUGGAUUGGAUUGGAUUGAUACCCUACCCCCAAACUCACUCACCUCUCACGCUACUCUGAAUCAUCGUUUUUCUUAAUUUGAUUUGCAAUUAUUGUGUUCAUCCAUCCACAACUGUAGCUUGUUCCAGUUUCAUCGCUGAUUCCUUUAAGGAGGCGGUAGAUGGACAGCAACAGUUGGCGGUCAGCGCAAGGGCAGGUUCCGAUGCCCGGUCAGGUCAUCGGCGGCGAAGCAGUGCCCGCCGCCGGUAUGGAAGGCGGCGAUUGGAGGAGUCAGCUGCAGCAGGAUUCCAGACAGAGGAUUGUAAACAAGAUAAUGGAGACUUUGAAAAGACAUCUUCCUUUCUCUGGACAAGAGGGACUGCAGGAACUCAAGAAAAUAGCCAUCAGAUUUGAGGAAAAAAUAUAUACUGCAGCAACUAGCCAGUCGGAUUAUUUAAGAAAAAUAUCUUUGAAGAUGUUGACAAUGGAGAACAAAUCCCAGAAUCCUAUGGCGAAUUCUCUUCAGUCUAAUGCUGCAAGUAAUAGCAAAAAUCCUCAAGAUCCUGCUUCUCAAAGCAUGCAGUCCCAAAUGCAAAAUCAGGUCCAGCAACUACCAAUUCCAAUGGUUUCUAAUCAAUCCCGGCAACAGAUUUUAUCCCAAAAUAUCCAGAAUAACAUCCCAUCAACUGGAGUGCCGAAUUCUGCUGGUUUGACACCUUCAAUGCCCUCUGUUGGCGGCAUGUCCCAGGGUACCAUGCCCAAUGUUUCUGUUCAGAAUCCUAACAUGCAAAACAUGUCUAGUGUAACUCCGAAUGCAGUAGGGAAUUCAAUGGGGCAAGGUGUGCCUGCUAAUAUGUAUGCAAGCUCCCAGAGACAGAUUAUGGGUAGACAGCAGCAGGUUGUUUCACAGGAUGGCCAACAGCAGUCUCAGAAUUCACAGCAAUAUCUUUACAAUCAGCAGCUGCAACAACAAAUUUUGAAGCAGAAAUAUGGGCAGGGAGGUUUGCAACAAUCUAUGGUGCAGUCUCAGUUGCAGCAGCAACAGAACCUAUUGCAGCCAAAUCAGCUGCAAUCCUCUCAGCCAGCUGUUAUGCAAUCUUCUUUGAGGCAAACAUCAGCGUCAUCGACACUUCAAAAUCAACAGACAUCUCUUCAGCAAUCAAGUCAAUCUAUGCUUCAACAGCAACCACAACCAGUCCUCAGACAACAGCAGCAGCAACAACCACAACAACCUCCCGUCAUGCAUCAGCAGCAAAGUUCUAUGUCACAGCACCCAAUGCUCUCGAGUCAGCAGCAGCAGCAGCAGCAACAGCAACAGCAACAGCAGCCUAGUACCCAACAGCCAAGUCCUGCAAACAUGCAACAAAAUCAGAUGAUUGCCCAACAGAAUAACAUGAUUGACACACAGCAUCAGCAAAGAAUCAUGACUCAGCAGAACAACAUCUCCAACAUGCAGCAGCAUCAGUCUAUCAAUCAACAAAAUAACCUUCCAAACAUGCAUCAACAGCAGUCAAGUGGUCAGCAGAAUAACCUCCCAAAUAUGCAUCAACAACAAUCAGGUGGUCAGGCAAAUCUUUCUGGUUUCCAACAGCAGCAAAUGGGUGGAAUCCAACAUGUUAACUCCAGCUUGCAAUCAAAUCAGCAACCUGUCCAUAUUCUACAACAAUCUAAGCUUGCAGCUCAGCAGCAAAUGCAGCAGAACAUGGCAAACAUGCUGCCUAACCAAGCUCAACCAUCCCAGUCGCAGCCAAUGCAGCAGCAGUUGAUGUCACAGAUCCAGUCACAGCCAGGGCAGCUGCAACAGCAAAUGGGUUUGCAGCAACCGUCAAAUACAUUACCGAGAGACAUGCAACAGAGAAUUCAAUCAUCUGGUCCCAUGCUUCAACAGCAAGCUACAAUUGAUCAGCAGAAACAGUUGUUACAAUCUUCGAGAGUCAUGCCAGAGGUUCCAUUGACAUCUUUAGAUUCCUCCUCACAGACUGGGAAUGCAAAUGGAGGGGAAUGGCAAGAGGAAAUUUAUCAAAAGAUUAAAUCCAUGCAUGAGCUGUAUUACCCUGAACUCAAUGACAUGUACCAGAGAAUGGCAGCCAAGCUGCAGCAGCAUGAUUCUCAUCCUCAACAGCCUAAGAACGAUCAACUUGACAAACUUAGAUUUCUUAAGGUUAUGUUAGAACGGCUAAUUAUGUUUCUGAGGACAAAUAAGAAUGACAUUCAGGCCAAUCUGAAGGAGAAGGUUGCUGGAGUUGAAAAACAGAUUUUGAAUCUUAUUACCUCAAAUAGGCCCAGGAAGCCUGGUUCUUCAUUGCAAGGGCAGGUCACCCAGCCUCACAUGCAUGCCUUGCAACAACCUCAGCAACAACAGCCCCAAAUGUCUCAAAUGCACUCGAAUGAAAGUCAAAUGAAUUCUCAGAUGCAACCAAUGAAUAUACAGGGUUCUAUGAUGCCUACACAGCAGAAUAAUAUGACCAGUUUGCAGCAUAAUACCUUAUCCUCUGGCUAUGGUGUUUCAAAUUCUCGUCAGAAUAUGCUGGAUGGGCUGCCGCCUAGUUCAAAUAUUGAUCCUGGGCAGGGAAAUGUACUUAACCAGAUGCAGCAACAAGGUUCCAUGAACUCUCUACAACAAAAUCCAGUGGGUGUCUCUCAACAGAUGGCUAGCUCUAUAUCUUCACAAAAUGGGCUGACAUCACUCCAGUCAAAUGUCAGUUCCUUGCAAUCAAAUUCCAAUACUCUUCAGCCACAGCAAAUAAAACAGGAGCAGCAAAUGUUCUCAUCCCAGCAUCUAAAGCAGUUCCAGCAAAGGCAGAUGCAGCAACAAUAUAUGCCAAGGCAGCAGUUACUCCAGCAGCAGCAACAGCAACAGCAACAGCAACAGCAACAACAACAAAUCUCUCAGCAGCAAUUGGGACAGUUUCCUGGACAGCAAAUGACGCAACUUAAUCAAAUGAAUGACACAAAUGAUAUGAAGACGAGACACCAGAUGGGUGCAAAACCAGGAGUUCUUCAACAGCAUAACUCUUCUGGACAUCGAACUUCAUAUCAUCACCAACAAAUGAAGCCUGGAACACCUUUCUCCAUGUCGUCGCAGAAUGCUCUUCAGGCAACAUCCCCGCAGAUUGGUCAUCAUUCUUCUCCACAAAUCGACCAGCAAAGUAUCCCGACUUUGCAUAACAAGGCUGUAACUCCACUGCAAUCUGCAAACUCACCAUUUGUUGCCCCAUCUCCUUCGACUUCCAUGGCUCCAUCCCCGAUGCCAGGCGACUCAGAGAAAAUGAAUUCUGGUAUAUCAUCAAUCUCAAAUGCUGGAAAUGGCAUGCUUCAUCCAACCACUGUAGUGUCAAUGCCAAACCAGUCCCUUGCUAUUGGAACUCCUGGGAUAUCUGCCUCACCUUUACUUGCAGAAUUCCCCAGUCCUGAUGUCACUCAUGGAGUUGCACCAACCAUUGUUUCCAGAAACUCUAAUGUUGUGGAACAACCAGUUGAACGGUUAAUCAAAGUGGCGAAGUCUAUCUCUCCCAAAGCUUUGAGUGCCUCUGUUAGUGACAUUAGCUCUGUAGUUAGUAUGGUGGACAGAAUUGCAGGAUCUGCUCCGGGUAAUGGAUCACGUGCUGCAGUAGGUGAAGAUUUAGUUGCUAUGACUAAAUGCCGCUUGCAGGCCAGAAAUUUCUUCACUCAAGAUGGGCCGAGUGGUGCCAAGAAAAUGAGACGUUAUACUAGUGCAAUGCCAUGUAAUGUUGUUUCAUCUAGUGGGAGUGUUAAUAAUGAUAACCUCAGACAUUUAAAUGGUAAUGAAUCUGAUGGAGAAUCUACUGGAGCAUCGAAUGUCAAAAGACCUAGAACUGAGGCUAACCAUGCACUUGAAGAAGAGUUGCGGGAUAUAAAUCAAAGGCUUAUAGACACUGUUGUCUAUAUCAGUGAAGAUGAUGUUGAUCCAACAGCAGUUGCUGCUGCUUCUGAGGGUGGAGAAGGAACUAUCGUGAAGUGCUCUUUCAGUGCUGUUGCUCUUAGCCCUAAUCUAAAGUCACAAUAUGCUUCUGCACAAAUAUCUCCAAUUCAACCUCUAAGGUUGCUGGUCCCAAACACUUAUCCAAAUUGCUCUCCUAUACUUCUGGACAAGUUUCCAGCUGAAGUCAGUAAGGAAUAUGAAGAUCUCUCCAUAAAGGCCAAAUCUAGAUUUAGCAUCUCCCUGCGAAGCCUUUCACAGCCAAUGUCACUCGAGCACAUAGCCAGAACUUGGGAUAAUUGUGCUCGUGCUGUUAUUUCUGAGUUCGCCCAGAAAAGUGGUGGUGGAACCUUCAGCUCAAAAUACGGAACAUGGGAUGACUGCCGGAGUGCAGCCUGAACGAAUGGAAUCUUGAGCCCAAUGGGAUGUGAUACUCUUGCUGUAAAAUGUAGCUUCGGCAAACUCUUGAGAUGUGGGUUUGCUUCUGUAAAGACGAUUGUCGAAAUUCGUUCUGGUCAUUCAUGUAUGAAUAGUUGUGUAUUAUAUGUGAUGUAUAUUUUUGUGCUUACAUGAAAAAUGUUGUCUGGUUUUGAGAAUGACAAAGAAGCGUUGGCUGA